ACACUAAUUUCGUAAUGUAAGUUUAGCUUAUAAGUAUGAGUUUCCUCGUAUAGAGCCCAAAAUUCAUUUAUCCUAUAUAUUCCUAUGAUAAAUUAAAUAAAUGGUAAUAAAUUUUAAUUAAUAAAAACGUAAUAAUUUUCAUAAGAUUAUGUAUUGUGAUCGUCAGAUGGUUCGGCGAGCGGUGAGGGUGAGGGGGAGAUCAGUGGCGACGAACGCCCUCCGUCCCCGCCCCGCGCGCCCUCCGCCCCUCUCCCGCUGCCGCACGCACCGCACGCAGCGCACGCUGCCGCCGCCACCGCUGCAGUUUUCGUAAGCAUAAUUACAUUUCAGAGUAAUUGAUCGUGCUUAACAGCACAAUUAAACAUAUUCUUCAUAUCAGAAAAUAAUUAUAUUACAAUAUUAAAUAUAGAAAAGUAAAAUUGUAACAUUAGCUGUGUCUUAUGAAGAAGGUUACAAAAUGUUCCUGAAAUAAUUACGAAGAGAUUUUAUGUCAUAGACAUUACUAUAAUUAGUUUAUCUAAGUACAAUCAACAGCACACCAGACUCCACUUGAUUUUAAACCUCGAUACUUUGAGAGUAAAGUUCGAUAUUAAUUGAGGACAUUUGACUUAUUGUGGUAGCCUAACGUGCUGCCGCGUAUAAGUGCACGAACAAAAUAGAUUGUUUGUCGUUGUUUGUUUUGGGAUUAUAUUUAUUUCAUUUAAUGUUUUAAUUUUCCUGAUGGAUAAUGUGAGGGUAUGGUUACAGGGCGCGGCCGGUGCUGGCAAUGCGCUGGCUCAACUCCAACACUUGCUGCUCACACAACAUGGCGCGCACUCCCUACUACUGCACACUCAGGUGCAGCAGGCAGUGGCGCAGGCGGCGGCGCAACAGCUGCAGCAGCUCCAGGCGCGCGCCAGCGCCACCGCCGCGCCGCCACCCACAGAUGGGCGGUCGCCUUCCCCGCGCCGUACGCCGCCGGGGGCGGGCGCGUUCCUGACGCCGCACACGCCCGGCUCCGGACGCGCCCGCUCCCCCCACCACCCGCAUCCUCCCCUCCACGCGCACACGCCUCUACAUGCGCACGCGCACAAGCCGCGCGCGCUCGAGCCCGCCGCUGACGACACCGCGGAUCUCGAGGAGCUCGAGCACUUCGCGAAGACGUUCAAGCAACGUCGCAUCAAGCUCGGUUUCACGCAGGGCGACGUCGGCCUCGCGAUGGGCAAACUAUACGGGAACGACUUCUCGCAGACGACGAUAUCCCGGUUCGAGGCGCUCAAUCUGAGCUUCAAGAACAUGUGCAAGCUGAAGCCGCUCCUGCAGAAGUGGCUCGAGGACGCGGACUCGUCGCUGGCGGGCGGCGGAGGCGCGGGGGGCGCGGGCGGCGCGGGGCUCGGCGCGGGGCUCGCGGAGGCGGUCGGCCGCCGCCGCAAAAAGCGCACCUCGAUCGAGUCCGGCGUCCGCGUCGCCCUCGAGAAGGCGUUCGUGCACAACCCGAAGCCGACCAGCGAGGAGAUCGCCGCCCUCGCCGACGCGCUAUGCAUGGAGAAGGAGGUCGUGCGCGUCUGGUUCUGCAACCGACGGCAAAAGGAGAAGCGCAUCAACCCGCCCGCGGGGGAGUCGGGGGGUGUGGUGCUGCCGCCGCUAUCCGCGCACGCGCUGCCGGCGCACGCGCACGCGCACGCGCACGGAGGCCACGCGGGCCCGCUGGGGCCACACUCCACGCACGCGCACGCGCACGCGCUGCACGCCGCCGCGCUGCAGCCGCUGGCGCUGCUCGCGCGCCCGCCCCCGCGCGACUGACGCGCGCGCCCACAUAUCGACCUGUAAAUAGCCGACGUAUCGCAAUAACAGUGUACAGACUAGUUCGUUAGUGUAUAUAGGUGUAUAUGCGGGGGGUCCCGCUGGCCCCCGUGUCUGUAAAUUAGCGUGUAAGUUUAUAUUAAUACGUGAAUUUUAUUUAUAUCCGUUCGUCGACGGACGCGCCCCGCGCUCGGGCCCCGGGGAGCUCGCCCGCGGGCCGUCUCGUCCGCGCCAGCUCAUAUCAGUUAGCGCAUGAAGCGUAUGUGAGGUGGAUGUGUAGAAAACUAUCUAUAUGUUAAAAAAAUAAAACACGAUAGAGACUAUAUAAUCGGUU